CUCCUUUGAUGAUUUUUUAAUUCUUUUUUUUUUUUCCUUCUGGUGAAUGAGAAGGCAAAAGAGAUGAGAUGAGGUGAUUUGGUAAUAGUGGUGUGGAAUUAGAUUGAAUUAACCAUUUGAAAAUUGGAAUGUUAGUCUUGUAGAGAUUAACUAUUCAAUAAUUACUCAAGCAAAAAAGCGAUUAUAAUAAUUAAAAACCAAUAGGCAGUUUCACUCAAUAGCCUUUGUGCAUUCUUUUUCUCAGAUCUCUAGGAAAAAUUCUCAGUCUUUCAGAGCAUUUUGGUGGUUUUGUUUGCUUGGUUUCUCGGGAAAAUUCUCUUCAUACUUUUGUAGUCUUUCCCUCUCUCUCUUUCUCUCUCUCUUCCUUCGUGUUUAUUACUGUUCGUUUAGCACUCAUUCUCUUAAUGCUUCAUCCAAAAAUUCUCUUUCUAAACUGGGUUUAUUAUUACAAGGCGUCAUUUUUUCUAUUUGGGUCUUCUCCUUUUACUCCAUUUGAUUUGAAUUAGAAAGAAAGAGGUCCAUUGCUGGAAAAAGAUUGCUCAAAGUAGCUCCCGUGUCUGAAAAAGACAGGGGAAGAAGAAAAUAGAAAGGGGGGGAGAGAGACAACAAAAGGCAAAUGCUUUCACAUUUGGGAGAGAGAGAGAAUGAGUUGGUGUGUUAUCUGAAACUUUUUCUUCCUUACAAAAGUUGAUUGCUUUAAGAGGGAAUAUUGCCAUGGAAGGUGUAAGAUUGGUGCUUUUGAGAUUAGGGUUUCUGGUUUUGGCAUGGUUUCUUGAUGUCUCCACUGCUACACUUUCUCCUACUGGUGUAAACUAUGAAGUGACUGCUUUGGUAGCUAUAAAGAACGAGUUGAAUGAUCCGUACAAAGUUCUUGAGAAUUGGGAUGUGAAUUCAGUUGAUCCUUGUAGCUGGAGAAUGGUCUCUUGCACUGAUGGUUAUGUCUCUACACUGGGACUUCCUAGCCAAAGCUUGUCUGGUACAUUGUCUCCUAGAAUCGGGAACCUCACUCAUCUAGAAUCUGUGUUGUUGCAAAACAAUGCAAUCUCUGGUCCAAUUCCUGAUACUAUUGGGAGGUUGGAGAAGCUUCAGACACUCGAUCUUUCGAACAAUUCAUUCACCGGGGAGAUACCGGACUCACUUGGAGAACUCAAGAGCUUGAAUUACUUGCGGUUAAACAAUAACAGUCUCUUUGGAACUUGCCCUGACUCUCUAUCCAAGAUCGAGGGACUCACUCUAGUUGACAUUUCGUAUAACAAUCUAAGCGGUUCGCUGCCAAAAGUGUCUGCAAGAACUUUCAAGGUGAUCGGAAACUCGUUAAUCUGUGGACCUAAAGCUGUUUCAAACUGUUCUGCUGUCUUCCCCGAGCCUCUCACGCUUCCACAAGAUGAUCCAUCAGAUGAAUCAGGAACACAUACCAAUGGCCAUCAUGUAGCUCUUGCAUUUGCAGCGAGCUUCAGCGCAGCGUUUUUCGUUAUAUUUACAAGCGGAAUGUUUCUUUGGUGGAGAUAUCGCAGUAACAAGCAAAUAUUUUUCGAUGUCAAUGAACAAUACGAUCCAGAGGUGAGCUUAGGACACUUGAAGAGGUAUACAUUCAAAGAGCUUAGAUCCGCGACCAAUCAUUUCAACUCCAAGAACAUCCUCGGAAGAGGUGGAUACGGGAUUGUGUACAAAGGGCACUUAGGCGACGGAACCUUGGUGGCUGUAAAACGUCUCAAAGACUGUAACAUUGCGGGAGGAGAAGUCCAGUUCCAGACAGAAGUAGAGACGAUAAGUUUGGCUCUUCAUCGCAAUCUCCUCAGGCUUCGCGGUUUCUGUAGUAGCAACAACGAGAGGAUCUUGGUCUACCCUUACAUGCCAAAUGGGAGUGUAGCUUCACGGUUAAAAGUUUUACAGUAUGGUUUGAUGUAUCUUAGAUUUGAUUUCGGUUUUGUUUGGGUUGUGAAGAAGCUGCAUCAAGAAGGGAAGCUGAAGCAAUUAAUAGACAAAGAUCUGAAUGACAAAUUCGACAGAGUGGAGCUCGAAGAAAUGGUCCAAGUUGCUCUUCUCUGCACUCAGUUCAAUCCAACUUAUCGACCUAAAAUGUCGGAAGUUAUGAAGAUGCUUGAAGGCGACGGCUUGGCUGAGAGAUGGGAAGCGUCGCAGAACGGUGCGGCGGAGUCUCUGCCACCGCCUUUGCCGUCGGGGAUGGUGAGUUCUUCGCCGCGUAUGAGGUAUUACUCCGAUUAUAUCCAAGAAUCUUCUCUUGUCGUUGAAGCCAUUGAGCUCUCUGGUCCUCGAUGAUGUAUUGAUCAGGCCUGUGUAUGAUUAUUCAUCUUUUUUGUUCUUUUCUUGGGCUCGUUUUUGCUUUUUUGUUUGUUUUUAUAAUGUUCAUAUAGAUGUGUAACAUGUGUGUUAUUGAAUGUAAUUUUAAUGUAAAAAAUAUUAAAUGCAAAAGAAAUUGAUUAGCCACAUUACUUGAGUAUUGUGAUGAUUUUGUGUGUAUAAAUAUCAGAAAUUCAGAAUCCGAUUGAUUUUUCAUU